GCUGAACACACAUUUACAGAGUCACCAAGCAUCCGCCAGGAACUAAACCGGCCGCCGACAUUACAAGUUUAGUAUCUUGCAGCCGGUCCAAGCUGCAGCAAGACGCGCAGGCUGUGCGUAAUAGCCCUCAUGACGCGCGGGUAAACCGGGCUGGAUGUAGAUCGAGAUUGAAGCUACCGGUGUAAGAGCAGUUGUGUGUGGGACGUGGGGGAGGGGGAGGGGGGGAUGAGAGAUGUCCCCGUCGCUCAUGGACACAAGGGACGGAACCAACAGCCCCUGCUCCCUGUCCGCUGAGGAGAGCAACAGCAACACGGCUGGAUCGGAGAGAGAAGGAGACGGACAACAGGUGGGAAAAACGGGGGGGAAAAGACGAGAGAAGAACAGAAACGCGGCCAGGAAGACCCGCCGAAAGCAAACAGAGAGAGCCGACGAACUUCACGAGGAGCUUCAGCGUCUCGAGCAAUCAAACUCCUCCCUUCAAAAUGAGAUCACCGGAUUGCAGAAAAGCCUCAAACGCUACACAAAAGUUCUGGCACGUCAUGAGCCUCACUGCUGCCUCCGAGCCUCUGCGUCCACCUCGAGAAAACACGUCUCCGCGUCCCACUCAGGUGGCUGUCAGAGCACCUCAGGCCCACCUCCGAGGUUCACUCCCCAGGCUCAGAGCUCCACUCUGGCUACUCCCGCUUUGGUCUCCUCCAGCCUGGGUCUUCAAGCCCAUCUCGCAUCCUCAGCUUCUCCUCCAACAUUCUCCUUGUCUUCUGGCUUUUCUGCCAAACUCGUCAUCCCCUCCUACUCUGGCCCUGCAACUCUUCCUUAUUCCGUCCCAGAUCGUCACUCUUUAUUCAGAAAAGAGCCUCCAAACACCACAAGUCCGACAGGGGUUGGGCCCCUUUGCACCAGCCUUCUUUCAACCUCUAUAACCCCCAGCCCCCUCACCGCAGCAGCUCAGCCUCAAUCAGGGCGGGAAAACCUCCACGGAACCUCCUCAGCGCAUGCAAACGUGUGUUUUCCUCCUCUUAAUUCUGCCACAUUGGAUGCUUUUUUAAUAAAGCAAACCUCUGUGGUGCCCCCUUACCAAAUGUUGGCGGUAGAAACUGGAGGUCCAGUAUUCCAAGCUUGUCCCAUGAAUGUGCCCCAGCUUCCUCUGGGUCAGCACAGUGGAAAUCCAAACGGCUCAGGUCCGCUGCUACCACCAACUCUUCAUAAUCCUGCUUUUCAAUCACCUCAGGCAAACUUGGAGCUGCCUCUUGCCGCUGCCUCCUUCGGUUACAGACAACAAACAACCGAUCAAGAGUCUCUGCUCUCCCUGCUCACAAUCCCGAGUCCUCUGAACAGCAGCUGCAGCAGCUCCGACACACUUGUCGGUCAGCCUUCGCCCUCGCAGCCUCUGCUGGGCGAUCCCUCAGGUGACCUUUCUCUUUCUGAGCUGCUGGAGAUGGAUGAUUGGAUCCUAAGUGGAACUAGUGAUCAAUAACGCUACAUGUCACAAGGCCAUGGAGGUUCAGCGCCCUAUUUCAAAUUUUCAAAUUUACAUGUUUUCAGCUAUUUAAUUGAAAUCUGAGGAUUUGGGUUUCAGCUCUCUUCCAGUAGAACUGACUGUUUAAAGCAACUACUGCAUAAUGCCAGGUUUUAUAGACGAUUUUCACAUCUGAUAUCCAGUUGGUGGUUAUUAAUGGUAACUGGCAUCAGAAAAUGAAUCAAGAUCUGAGCUGUUGCCCUUAAUCAUCUCUUUCCUCUGCUUAAAGGGAGACUCACAUAUUUAUACAACUGACAACCCAUGUCUGGCAUUUCUCUUAAUGCAACCUGUAGAAUGUUUAAUUAGACUUUCAUUGUCUGAGAAUAUAAACCGUGUUUAUUAAACCCUAUGCCCCCAUUUAAAACACAAGCUUUCGGAUAUCACUGAAGCUCAAACUGAGAUUAACCCUGAUGAAAACACUAUCACUGUCGUUUUCUCAGAUUGAUCAGAGCCAUAGACAACAACAUACAACGGUUUCCAUAAGUUGUGUAAUGCUCAAAUUUAAUAAUCAAUAAAAACGAUAAAAAGUUGUCUCCCAUAGAACGCAGUCAACUGCGUAAAGGAGACUCAUAUAUUUGUUAAACAAGUUUCCUGUGGCUGCUAAAUUCUCCAUCUUCCGCUGACAACAGGCACCGCUUUGUUCAGUGAACGAGAAGCUUGUGAGUCCGUUGAUUUCAGGCUCAAAUCCAGCAGUGGAAACUUUUUCUUAGUUUUGAAUUUUGUAUAAAUCAAAAGUGGGCAUCAUGGCUUUCAGACAAAUACUGACUCAACACUCUACAAAUUUGACUUGUUAUUUUAAAAAGAGGUGGAGUAAACACUUCCUCACCACUUCAUGGAAAGAAGAAAAAUGUGCCUGCAGCUGCAAUAUUUAAAAUAUAUAUGAGGGUGCCAAAGUUAACCACACAGCCUGCGAACUGGCUGCAUGUGAUAUUUAUCCUGAUUUACCGAUAGGAAAGUUUAUUAUAUUACUCUUUUCUUUGUUUUACCUCGUUCAAAAUACAUUCUAACAUAUUCCGCUGCUACUAGUUAUUUAUUUACGGUAUAUGCAAUAUUUCAAUCCAAGAAAAAAUUUGGUGUGUCAGUUUGAUUCUUAAUAAAUUCUUUUGGUUUCUAUAUUUUACAUAGACUGUAUAUAAAGGUGGAAAUGCGCCAAACCAGCUUCACUCGCAGGACACAUUGUGCAAAGAAGCAGUCAGCUUUACUGUCAUAGAAUGUGGACAAGUUAGUUUCCCUCACCAACUGCCUAAAGAACGACUAGCUAAGAGGACCUUGAGAGGCAUUAGAUUGUGUCAUGGUGUGGUUAAUGGUUGUUUGACAAAAAAUAUAAAAAAUGUCAACCAUCCUAUAAAAAGAAUAGCUAAGAAGCUCAAAUAAUUUCUGUUUGAUUUAAAAAUAAAAGAAAAAAGUUUUAUUCAACUAUACAAUGGCUAAGAAGCUCGACUUCUGUUUAGGAUGAAGAUUAUAUUAAUGUUCCAUAUGGAAUAGCAAAGAUAACUGCUAAAGAACUGCUGAGUUGCAGCACCAUUGUUUUGUUUAUUUAUGAAUAUAAAAGAAAUGUUCAAUGUAUAUAUCUGUCUUUUCACAAAAAUAUACCGAGAAAAUUGGUAAUGUGAUUAAUCAUGAUUAAUCCAUAGAAACCUGUGAUUAAUUUGAUUACAAAUUUUAAUCAUUUCACAGCCCUAGUAAUAAUAUCUACAUAAAAUGUUUUUAUUGUGGGCUUUUUUAACGAUUGUAUUAUUCAUAUUUUGGUUUUCCAUAUGAUGGUUUAUGGGAUAAAUCUGCUUCAUACACAAUAUAUCUACAGUUCUUUGGGAAAUUGUAUUCCAUGUAGCAGUUUCAGUAGCUUUAUAGGAAGAUGUUGAGUCUGUAUGUCUGUUAUGACCUUUUUUGUAUUUCUUUUGUAUUUAUGUAUUAAUUAUUAUAUUGAUUGCAUUAAAAUGUUAAUUACGGUUAAAUUUACAAUUCUGUUUAAUCUAUAUUAUAUAAGGCUAUUCCAAUAUUGUUUACAUACAGUUUGAUGAUCACUGUGUUUAUAUUGAAAGAUGAAAUAACAUGAUACCCUAAAAGUUUAAUUCAGUCAAAUUUGACUUAAAUACAUAGUUUUGCUGCUUUAGAUUGGUUGUUAUUGGUUGUGUGGUUUUUGCUACAAACUUCGCACAUGUGACUAAUGGAUAAAGCACAAAAGGUAAACAUAAGCAAAACUGACCUCCUCACAAAUGACAUUACCCAUCAGAGAAAGGAUUUGAGAAAUCUUAAAUCAAAGUCCCCCCCCCCCCUUCAGUCUUUGAUGGCAUCUUCCACUUCCUGUGGGCUGUCUCUUGCCAGGUGUCAGUCCUUUAUUAUCAGGGGAUCCCCGUAAGACAAACAAAAAGGUAAGCGUUAUAAAACAGAACAUGUGACCAAACGUUAACUCAAUUCUGUGCACCCAGAAUUAGACACAAACCCCCUAACCGGAUAAAUAAUGUUACGUGUGUUUUGUCAUCAUUUGAAAAUGUUUAGGUGUAAAAUGUGAUCAUAUCUGCUCGUAUGCAUCUUAGGAGCUCAACUUCGAUGGUGAACAUAGUAAUCAUUAUAUACUGUAUGUAAAAUAAGCACCAGGCAGCUCAAAUCUCUGCUGCCACCUACAGUGUGUGUUCUAAUAUGCUUCUGAUGUUUUAUUAUGAUGUGUAUCUUACUGUAUAUUGAAGUGUGUGACAAUGAUGUGUAUUUUAUAUUUAUAGUUAUUCCCUUCGGAGCUGCUUCCGGUUCUCUGUAAUCAUGUAAAGUGACUGUGAGCAUUAAAUGCCAUACAAAUCAAA